CGAAGCUGGUGCCGGGGAGGCUCGGCGGCGGCUGCCGCCAUUACUAAACCGAGAACACCGGGGAGGGAGGAGGGGAGGCGGGAUGGGGCCAGGCCGUCGUGGCUAGGAGCUCGGAGGGGGAGGGGGGUUGCGGUCCCGAAGGGAAACGGUCGCCGCCGGCGCGGAGUGAGAGUCCUGGGAAUACCGCGGAUGAGUCGAAACGGAGAACACUCUCAGGAAAGAAAUAUUUGAAGAAGAUCUUAGUACCACUAUUUUGUUUGUAAAGGACACCUACACCUGAACACUUAAGUUAAUUGCAAGCUUGAACAUUUGAGAAAAACUGAAAACUUAUUCUGUGAAUUUGAAGAUAAAUUUUCAGUGUGUAGAGGCACUUUUAAGAAUGAAAACUACAUCUAGUUGCGUUAGUGAAUAUAGAAUAAUGAGAAGAACACUAUGAUGGCAAAGAACAAAGAGCCUCGCCCUCCAUCCUAUGCUAUUAGUGUGGUUGGACUUUCUGGAACUGAAAAAGACAAGGGGAACUGUGGAGUUGGGAAGUCGUGUUUGUGCAAUAGAUUUGUACGCUCAAAAGCAGAUGAAUAUUACCCAGAACAUACCUCUGUGCUUAGCACAAUUGACUUUGGUGGACGAGUUGUUAAUAAUGAUCACUUCUUAUACUGGGGUGACGUAACGCAAUGUGGAGAGGAUGGAAUAGAUUGCAAAAUUCAUGUUAUUGAACAGACUGAGUUCAUUGAUGAUCAGACUUUUUUGCCUCAUCGAAGUACGAAUUUACAACUCUAUAUAAAACGUGCAGCUGCAACCAAAUUGCAGUCAGCAGAAAAACUUAUGUAUAUUUGCACAGAUCAGCUUGGAUUGGAGCAAGACUUUGAGCAAAAACAAAUGCCUGAAGGGAAGCUAAACAUUGAUGGAUUUGUGUUGUGCAUUGAUGUAAGUCAAGGAUGCAAUAGGAAGUUUGAUGAUCAACUUAAGUUUGUGAAUAACCUCUACAUUCAGCUAUCAAAAUCUAAAAAGCCUAUAAUAAUAGCAGCAACUAAAUGUGAUGAAUGUGUGGAACAUUAUUUACGAGAAGUUCAGGCAUUUGCUUCAAAUAAGAAGAACUUACAGGUAGUUGAAACAUCAGCUAGGUUCAAUGUCAAUGUAGAGACAUGUUUUACUGCAUUAGUACAAAUGAUGGAUAAAACCCGUGGUAAACCUAAAAUAAUUCCCUAUCUGGAUGCCUAUAAAACACAGAGACAACUUGUUGUUACUGCAACAGAUAAAUUUGAGAAACUUGUGCAGACUGUUAGAGACUACCAUGCAACUUGGAAAACUGUUAGUAAUAAACUGAAAAAUCAUCCAGAUUAUGAAGAAUACAUUAAUUUAGAGGGAACCAAAAAGGCCAAAAAUACUUUCUCAAAACACAUAGAACAGCUGAAACAAGAACAUAUAAGAAAACGAAGAGAUGAAUAUAUUAAUACAUUACCAAGGGCGUUUAACACCCUUUUGUCAAACCUUGAAGAAAUUGAACAUUUGAACUGGCCUGAAGCUUUGAAAUUAAUGGAAAAAAGACCAGAUUUCCAACGAUGUUUUGUGGUGCUGGAAAAAACACCUUGGGAUGAAACUGACCAUAUAGAUAAAGUGAAUGAUAGGAGGAUUCCAUUUGACCUUUUGAGCACUCUAGAAGCUGAAAAAGUCUAUCAAAAUCAUGUACAGCAUCUAAUAUCAGAAAAGAGAAGAGUUGAAAUGAAGGAGAAGUUCAAAAAAACACUUGAAAGAAUACAGUUCAUUUCUCCAGGGCAGCCCUGGGAAGAAGUUAUGUGUUUUGUAAUGGAGGAUGAAGCAUUUAAAUACAUUACUGAGUCAGAUAGCAGGGAAGUAUAUAGCAGGCAUCAACGGGAAAUAGUUGAAAAAGCCAAAGAGGAAUUUCAGGAAAUGCUUUUUGAACAUUCAGAACUGUUUUAUGACUUGGAUUUGAAUGCAACACCUAGUUCUGAUAAAAUGAGUGAAAUCCACGCAGUUCUGAGUGAAGAGCCUCGGUAUAAAGCUUUACAGAAACUUGCACCUGAUCGAGAGUCUCUCCUCCUUAAACAUAUAGGAUUUGUGUAUCAUCCCACUAAAGAAACAUGUCUCAGUGGCCAAAACUGCAUGGACAUUAAAGUGGAACAGCUUCUAGCCAACAGUCUCUUACAACUGGACCAUGGACGCUUAAAUUUGUAUCAUGAUAGUGCCAAUAUUGAUAAAGUUAAUCUUUUCAUUUUGGGUAAAGAUGGUCUUGCACAAGAGCUGGCAAAUGAAAUUCGGACACAAUCCACAGAUGAUGAGUAUGCCUUAGAUGGAAAAAUAUAUGAACUUGAUCUUAGACCAGUUGAUGCAAAGUCACCUUAUCUUUUGAGUCAGUUAUGGACUUCUGCCUUCAAACCACAUGGAUGUUUCUGUGUGUUUAAUUCUAUUGAAUCACUCAAUUUUAUUGGUGAAUGCAUUGGGAAAAUAAGGACGGAGGCAUCUCAAAUAAGAAGAGACAAGUAUAUGGCCAAUCUUCCAUUUACGUUAAUAUUAGCUAAUCAGAGAGAGAACGUCAGCAAGAAUUUGCCCAUUCUAAGACACCAAGGACAGCAACUAGCAAACAAGUUGCAGUGUCCUUUUAUAGAUGUACCUGCUGGUACCUACCCACGUAAAUUUAAUGAAGCUCAAAUAAAACAAGCUUUGAGGGGAGUUCUGGAAGCGGUAAAACACCAUUUUGAUGUUGUAAGCCCUGUUCCUGUAAUUAAAGACCUUUCAGAAGCUGAUUUGAGAAUUGUAAUGUGUGCCAUGUGUGGAGAUCCAUUCAGUAUAGAUCUUAUUCUUUCACCUUUCCUUGAUUCUCAUUCAUGUAGUGCUGCUCAGGCUGGUCAGAAUAACUCCCUAAUGCUUGAUAAAAUUAUUGGUGAAAAAAGGAGACGAAUACAGAUUACAAUAUUAUCAUACCAUUCUUCAAUUGGUGUCAGAAAAGAUGAACUUGUUCAUGGGUAUAUAUUGGUUUACUCUGCUAAGCGGAAAGCAUCUAUGGGAAUGCUUCGAGCAUUUCUUUCAGAAGUACAAGAUACUAUUCCUGUCCAGUUGGUGGCUGUUACUGACAGUCAGGCAGAUUUCUUUGAGAAUGAAGCGAUCAAAGAAUUAAUGACAGAGGGGGAACACAUAGCUACUGAGAUUACUGCUAAAUUUACAGCUUUGUAUUCUUUAUCUCAGUAUCACCGUCAGACUGAGGUUUUUACACUGUUCUUCAGUGAUGUGUUGGAAAAGAAAAACAUGAUUGAAAAUUCCUAUGUAUCUGAUAGUACAAGAGAGUCAACACAUACUAGUGAGGAUGUUUUCCUUCAUUCUCCCCAAAGGAGCUCUAUUGCCUACAGUGGCUAUCCAGAUUCAGAAGAUGAUACUGAAGCCCCACCUCCUUACAGCCCAAUUGGAGAUGAUGUACAGCUACUACCAACACCCAGUGAUCGCUCAAAAUAUCGUUUAGAUUUGGAAGGUAAUGAAUAUCCCAUUCAUAGUACACCACUUAAUUGUCAUGAUCAUGAACGCAAUCAUAAAGUGCCUCCUCCCAUAAAGCCGAAGCCAAUUGUACCCAAGACAAAUGUGAAAAAACUGGAUCCAAACCUGUUAAAAACAAUUGAGGCAGGCAUCGGUAAAAAUCCAAGAAAAGCUAAAAUGCCUCUGGCAUCAGCUGAUGAUCUAGAUCAGUCUGAUAAUUAUGCAGAACCUAUAGACACUAUUUUUAAGCUCAGAGGUGUUACUGAUGAUAUCUACGCAGUUCCUGAUGAUAGUCAGAAUCGUAUGAUUAAAAUUCAAAAUUCAUUUGCUAUAAAUAAUGCCCAAGGUGAUGAAGAAAAUGGAUUUCCUGACAGAAUUUCAAGGACCCAUGGAGAAAGAAGACCUUCAAAAUACAAAUAUAAAUCUAAAACACUUUUUAGCAAAGCCAAGUCUUAUUAUAGGAGAGCACAUUCUGAUGCAAGUGAUGAUGAAGCUUUUACAACCUCUAAAACAAAAAGAAAAGGAAGACACCGUGGCAGUGAAGAAGAUCCACUUUUGUCCCCUGUAGAAACAUGGAAAGGUGGCAUUGAUAACCCAGCAAUUACAUCAGAUCAAGAGUUGGAUGAUAAAAAGAUGAAGAAGAAAACUCAGAAAGUGAAGGAAGACAAGAAACAAAAAAAGAAAACUAAGACAUUCAAUCCACCAACUCGUAGAAAUUGGGAGAGUAAUUACUUUGGGAUGCCCUUGCAGGAUUUGGUUACAAUUGACAAGCCUAUACCACUCUUUGUUGAGAAGUGUGUGGAGUUCAUUGAAAAUACAGGUUUAUGUACUGAAGGUCUCUAUCGUGUUAGUGGAAAUAAAACUGACCAAGACAACAUUCAGAAGCAGUUUGAUCAAGAUCAUAGUAUCAGUUUGGAAUCUAUGGAUGUAACAGUAAAUGCUGUGGCAGGAGCCCUUAAAGCUUUCUUUGCAGAUCUUCCAGAUCCCUUAAUUCCAUAUUCUCUACAUCCAGAAUUAGUUGAUGCAUCAAAAAUUCUUGAUAAGACAGAACGGCUAUAUGAGUUAAAAGAAAUUGUGAAGAAAUUUCAUCCAGUGAACUAUGAUGUCUUCAGAUAUGUAAUAACUCAUCUGAACAGGGUUAGCCAGCAAAGUAGAACCAAUUUUAUGACUGCAGACAACUUAUCUAUCUGUUUCUGGCCAACUUUGAUGAGACCUGACUUUGAAAAUCGAGAGUUCCUCUCAACCACCAAGAUUCUCCAGUCAGUAAUAGAAACAUUCAUUCAACAGUCCCAGUUUUUCUUUUAUAAUGGAGACAUUUUAGAAACUUCUGAGAGUGUGGCACACCAGCCUCCACCUUCGAACCCGGUGCAAAUGGUGGAUCCAAUCGUACCACUACAGUUACCACCACCUCUACAACCUCAGCUGAUACAGCCACAGUUGCAAGCAGAUCCUCUUGGUAUUAUUUAACUAUAACAGCUUACAGUAAAUAGAAGAUGGUUGCAAUCAGCCUGGAAUUGGAUAGAAAGAAAAACUAGAGAUGCAUGUUCUGAAGAAAAAAACCCCCCAGCUUUCAUAUUUAUGGAAGUAUUUGGGUCCAAACUGGGAAAUAUUUGUUGUAGACAUACUAUACACUUUGUUCAUAAACACACAGGGGAGAAUUAUGUGAUUAGCAUGACUGAAGAGGUUUAAUUUUUUAAACAAAAAUAAUUAAAAUGCAAAGCUGCUGUUGCAUGAACAUUUAUUGCAAUCACUAUCAUUCCUGUGACAAUUUUGUCACAAUGUAUUGUGAAUAAAAUUUUUCUAUAGAAAUGUAAUUAAUUAAAUCAAUCAUUUAUGGAACAUUCAGUAUGUACAGCCUGCUUUAGGGCUGUUUUUGUUGUUUAAUAUUCUUUUUUCUUGACAAUUCCAUUCCCGUUCAGCCAGUUGCUAUGAACAGCUAAACACAGCUGUAUUUUAUUUGUAAAACCCCCAAACUACGUAUACUACAGUAUGCUUCUUUUCAAGAACAUAAACUGCACUGCUAGAAAUCCCACUCCUUCCAUUUCCCUUAAAGAAACCUGUGGACACGUGUGUUUGAGGGGUUAGUAAUUUUUUUCUUACAGCGCAAUACCAAGGACACGCUUAUUGUAAAGUGAGUUUAACUGUUGUGCAAAAAUGUUACUGUUAUCUACUUUUUUCUUAUUUUACUUUAAUGAAUGAAACACUUUAUAAUACUGUUAAUUCUGUACACAGUUGCAUGUUUGAAAGAUCAUUGAUCUUGUAAACUUAAUGUAAUAUAUUUUAGAUAUUUUAAUUUUUCCCACAGGGGGUUCAUCUAGAAUACAGAAAAAGCUGACAUUUUCAUAUAAGUUUAUAACUUUUCAUACAUAAAUGCAAAAUUUGUUGUAGUGUAAACUCGCUAAACCAAACAAUCUAGGACUUAAAUUUAACAUAUACACUAUAUUUUUCUGUGGCCCUUUAAAGGUAUAAAAAAUUGCUAAUAUAUAGCAAUAAAUACUUUGGGUACUGAAGCAUCUUAAUGUAUAUAAAAUGACCUUGUAUUCAUGUUUUUUAAUGUGAUCUGUUGUACUAAAAAUCCAAAUGGCUGUUUGCACCAUUCUAAAGUCCUUUUUUUUUUUUUACAUUGGUACAAGUUUUGCUGUAAAAGAUUGCUGCUUAGUUUCCCAGAAACAUUUUGAGUUAGCCUUUAGUGUUGAUGAAUGUGAUUGAAGGCUAGAAAUCAUGGAUCAGGUUUGAUUAGAGCCUAAUAAUAUUUUGAGUUCUCCUUGCUGACAUUCUUAAAUGUUUUGAGAAGAAGAAACCUAAUUCAUUCAGCUGCUGGGAAAUUUUAAGAAAAUUAAAAAAAAACCCUUUACUUAUCUCCACCGUAAUCUUAAUUCAUAGUUUGUGAUCUACUAUGCCAAGUAGAACAUUUUUAAUAUAAAAGUUCUCAAGAGUUUGAUUUGCAAAGUUUUUUUAAGAAUUAAUGUUCUUAAGAGCUUUGCUUCAUAUGUCUAAAAUAAAAAUUGCCUUUUUCAAUUGUUAUGUCCUAGGUAUUGUACUUCUAAUUAUGACUGAUUAUCAUUUAGUUAAAAUACCAUAACCCAGGCUGCUGUUGAAGUAUUUGUAUAUUAUAAAUUAUCUUGAUAUUUGUGUUAUAUUCUUGCAAGUAAUUAUCUUUUCUAAAAAAACAAAAACUAUUCCAAUUCAAAGCACACAGGAUAUAAACACAAUAAUAAAAUUUGUCCUGUAAAUGUAGUAGCAUUAACUUGUUUUACAUUACAUCUGUUGCCUAAAUAGCUUUUAUUUAUAGCCAUCAGUUUAACAUAGGCAUGUUAAAAAAAAUAAUCUUCAAGAGUUUUAUAAACUGUUUCUAGGUUGCUAAAGAAUUUAUUUUUCUACUGUAGAUGGUAUAGACAAAAGCAUCAAACUGUACAGAAAAAGCUUAUUUCUAUUGCAAGUAGGCUUAAAUUUUUCAGUCAUAUCAUUUGAAAAAUUUGUCUAACACAAUAUAAAAGUUGAAAUUGUUUCUCAUUUAGAAUGCCGUCUUUUUUGUAAACUAGUGUAAUUUAGUUUCCUGUGUUGAUACACUGUUUUAUUAUCCUUACAAAUUGAUUUCCAGGACUUGGUUUCAUAUUGUUACUGUCAACUAUUUAAUAGUCAUUUUUUCCUCUUGAUUCUCCCCCUCCUGGGUAAUUGUUAAAAUGCUGCUCUUACAGUUGGCCUAGGGCAUGAUCCACCAAGAUGGUGGUCACCUUGAGCAGCCUUAUGUAUUACAGCAUAAGUAUGCCUGUGUUAUGUUUAUUCUGUAAUACCAAUACAACUUUUGCACUUCCUGCUGCUACAUAAAGCCACCAUAUGUAAUGUGUUCCCAGUGGAUCAUGUCCAUUGAUCACAAAUUUAAUACUUAAGCAUUUAUAUGUUUGCCUACUUGUCGUUCUGAUUUAUACUUCAAAAUUAAAGUGCUGUGGAUGCUA